UUUGAAAAUGAUGAACUUGACGGUAAAUUGAAUAUUUGUGGUAAUGAUCAUGAUAGUGCAGAUUUGUCUUUGGUUGAUCAUUAUGAGAUGAGGGAUAUGCCUACUACUGCUAAGUUAAAUAAAGGUUCUGUACAACUACAACGUGAAGUAGAAUUGAACGCAGAUGCAGUUCCAGAAGGUGUGCAUACUUGUGAGACAGUCAGUGUAAUUGAUCAGCGUGUAGCCCACCUAUCAUCAGAUGAUAGUGCUAAACCCGAACUAGUAGUGAAAGACAGCAGUGGUGGUAAUCUUGCAGUUGGACAACUAUCUGAAAGCCGAAAAAGAACAGCUUCUGAUCCACCGCUAAGUUCAUCACCUUGUGUCACUCAGUCAUCGUUGGUGUUUUCAUCCACAAUGAAACAGAUGCCCAUCAACUCAAGUAUCUUAUGCAAUGACUAUGAUAGUAUUGGUGCGUUUGAAAAGACGAAAGAUAUUGCUCAGUUUAGUGAGGAUAAGCCAAGUGUAAACGAGAGAGUAAUUGUUAAAUUGACUUGCAUGAAUAAAGGCAUUUCUAGUUUCAAGUUACUAUUUGAAUGUUAUUAUCUUUGGUGUAAAUUACUCUGUUUCUACACUUGGUUGAUGAGAUAUGUCGUGUGUUUGUUGGUCAUCUAUAUUCUACGAUACAAUGACAUGGGCGUGUUGCCGUUCAGAUUUGAGGAUAUAGCUGAUAGAAGGAAGUUAGCAAAUGAACUCUGCGACGAUUUUCCAACCUAGGGCGUCAACCUGAGAAGGGUUGUAGGCGUACUGCUGUAAGUCCUACAGUUCUUCAAAGGGUAGCGCAUCAAUGAGCAGUCCAAUGUGCUUGGUGUAUGAUCUUGUACAUAUGUUCAUAUUGUAUAUACUGAAUUGAUAUCAUCUGUCAUCUAGCUGUUGGUAAUUCUGUUUGUGUCCGGACGACUUCCACUUGGAUCAUCAACCUGAGAAGGAAUGUAGGCGUACUGCUGUAAGUCCUACAGUUCUUCAAGGGUAGUUUGUCGUGUCAGAAUCCACAACAUUUGAUGUGUUGAUUGUACAUAUGUUUGUGUUAAAUAGUUGUGUGAGUUCCAAUUGAUGUAAUUGUUGGUUAAUCUUGUUUGUGUCCGGACAUUCCACAACUUACAAUCGUCAACCUGUGAAGGGUUGUAGGCGUACUGGUGUAAGUCCUGCAAUUCUUCAAA